AUUAUCAGUGGGAAUUUAAACUCGCCUCGGAAUGACUGCGGAGCGGUGAAAAGGACGCUCUCCGCUGAUGGCAGUGAUGGAGAACGCGACGUGGCCGCACUCCUCGUACGUCCCCCAUUACCGCCUCCGCGGCGACCCCUUCGCCUCCAGGCUCUCCAGGGAGGCGGACAUCGUCGCCGCCUUCUACAUCUGCAUCAUAGGAAUCAUGUCUGCAACCGGGAACGGCUACGUCAUUUAUAUGACCAUCAAACGCAAGACCAAGUUAAAGCCUCCGGAGCUCAUGACUGUUAAUCUCGCCAUCUUUGAUUUUGGCAUAUCAGUGACAGGAAAGCCCUUCUUCGUGGUCUCCAGUUUCUCCCACCGCUGGCUGUUCGGCUGGGAGGGCUGCCGCUUCUACGGCUGGGCGGGUUUCUUCUUCGGCUGCGGGAGCCUCAUCACCAUGACGGUGGUCAGUCUGGACCGAUACCUGAAGAUCUGCCAUCUUCGAUACGGCACGUGGCUGAAGCGCCACCACGCCUUCGUGUGCCUGGCCCUGGUGUGGCUGUACGCGGCGUUCUGGGCCACCAUGCCCCUGCUGGGCUGGGGCAGCUACGCCCCGGAGCCGUUCGGCACCUCCUGCACGCUGGACUGGUGGCUGGCGCAGGCCUCGCUGUCGGGCCAGAGCUUCGUCAUGGCCAUCCUCUUCUUCUGCCUCGUCCUGCCCACCGGCAUCAUCGUCUUCUCCUACGUCAUGAUCAUCUUCAAGGUCAAGUCCUCCGCCAAGGAGAUCUCAAACUUCGACGCCCGCAUCAGAAACAACCACAACCUUGAGAUAAAGCUCACAAAGGUGGCCAUGCUGAUCUGCGCAGGCUUCUUGAUAGCCUGGAUCCCCUAUGCAGUGGUGUCGGUGGUGUCGGCGUUCGGCGAGCCCGACUCGGUGCCCAUCCCCGUGUCCGUCAUCCCCACGCUGCUGGCCAAGUCCUCGGCCAUGUACAACCCCAUCAUCUACCAGCUCGUAGACCUGAAAAACUCCUGUUCGUCCUGCUGCUUCAAGGUCAUGAAGAAGCGGCGGCAUUUUAGAAAGUCAAGGUUUUACACCAUCUCCGGCUCGCUGAAGGACCCGCCGCCGCCGCCGGCAGCCAAAGACACUCACAUCGAGAUGUGAGGCUGAAACAGAGACUUUAGACUGAGUGACCUUCUUACCUCUUCUACUUUGGACCGUCUGCCUUGCCCCCUGCCCUUCGUGCCCUGCACUUGACCAAUCACACGCUGCCUGUCAUCUGCUGUCAUCAGCCA